AUUGAGAGCAACAAGCUAAGAAGAGAAGAAGUGAGCCGCCAAAGGGGAGAGAGGGAAGAAAGCAAAAAUGGCUCAGUUGCAGGCAAUCACUUCACUUUCAUCAAGUAAAUUCGCUUUUGUAAGAUCAAACCCAGAGCCAUUGCGAUUCUCAAAUGCGUCACAAGAGGUGGGUUCCAGAAGGAGUGAGCUGCACGGCCAAGCUAUUUCUCAUAGUAACUGGAAUCUUACAAAAUCCUCUCCCUGUAAAGCAAUUAAAGCAGUACUGAAGAGUGAAAAGGAACAGAUCGUCUCAUCUUCUGGGAAUGAGGGAGUAAUAUCCAAGAAAUUGAAUAAAGUUGUUCUAGCUUAUAGUGGUGGCUUAGAUACUUCUGUCAUUGUUCCAUGGCUGAGGGAGAACUAUGGUUGUGAAGUUGUCUGCUUCACUGCAGAUGUUGGCCAAGGUAUCAAGGAAUUGGAAGGUCUAGAAGCAAAAGCAAAAGCAAGUGGCGCGUGUCAGUUGGUGGUGAAGGAUUUACAAGAGGAAUUUGUGAAAGAUUACAUAUUUCCUUGUCUACGUGCUGGUGCUAUCUAUGAAAGGAAGUAUUUGUUGGGUACAUCAAUGGCACGACCUGUUAUUGCAAAGGCCAUGGUUGAUGUUGCCAGAGAAGUUGGAGCUGAUGCUGUAUCUCAUGGAUGCACAGGGAAGGGAAAUGAUCAGGUUCGGUUUGAGCUUACUUUUUUCGCUUUAAAUCCCCAUCUUCAUGUUGUGGCUCCUUGGAGGGAAUGGGAUAUCCAAGGAAGAGAAGAUGCUAUUGAAUAUGCUAAAAAGCAUAAUGUGCCUGUCCCUGUGACAAAGAAAUCUAUCUACAGCAGGGACCGUAACCUGUGGCAUCUAAGUCAUGAGGGUGACAUCUUAGAGGACCCUGCAAAUGAGCCAAAGAAAGACAUGUAUAUGAUGUCUGUUGAACCAGAAGAUGCACCCGAUAAACCAGAAUACGUUGAAAUCGGUAUAGUCAACGGCCUUCCAGUUUCCAUAAACGGAAAAGAGUUCUCGCCUGCUUCCCUCCUCUCCACACUGAACGAAAUCGGCGGUCGGCAUGGAGUUGGCCGAGUGGACAUGGUCGAGAAUCGUCUCGUCGGAAUGAAAAGUCGUGGAGUUUACGAAACUCCUGGAGGAACAAUUCUCUUUGCUGCUGUGAGAGAGCUCGAAUCUUUAACGCUUGAUCGCGAAACGAUUCAAGUAAAAGACUCUCUUGCUCUUAAAUACGCGGAGCUUGUGUAUGCUGGCAGGUGGUUUGAUCCUCUUCGAGAAUCGAUGGAUGCUUUCAUGGAGAAGAUAACUGAAACCACUACCGGUUCUGUUGUUCUGAAAUUGUAUAAAGGGUCUGUUACGGUUACUGGCCGUAAAAGCCCUUAUAGUUUGUACAGGCAGGAUAUUUCUUCGUUCGAGAGUGGGAGCAUUUACGAUCAGGCUGAUGCUGCUGGAUUUAUUCGGCUUUAUGGUUUGCCCACUAGGGUUCGAGCCAUGCUCUAGAAUUGAGGUGAACUAAGCACUCCACGAUAUUUCUUCGUUUGAAAGUGGGAAGAUUUACGAUCAGGCGGAUGCUACUGGUUUUAUUCGGCUUUUAUGGUUUGCCCAUUAGGGUUCGAGCCAUGCUCUAGAAUUGAGGUGAACUAAGCACCCUUUUUUUAUUAUCCUGUGAUAAACAUAUAACUGCUUUUAUUUAUCCUGAAUUAUAAUAAUGGUAUUUUGAACUUUUAUCAAAGUUUUAAGUAUGAAUCAAUCGAUUUUGUUAUUAUAAACGCCAAAAUAUUAGAUCAUUUUAUGGU